UUUGAAAACAAUAACGGUCACUAAUGACUUACAACGGAGUAAAUAUUUAGCGUAGUGCUUAGAGAGUGAAGCUCGUCGACUGGUUAGUGCGAUUCAUUCGGUUGUUGGUGUAUCUCGUGAACUACCUUCUGAUAAGCGGUAUGCAAAGGAGUGCCUGAUCGACGCAGCGUGUGAAACCAGAGCAUCGACAAGAAGCUGAAAAAAAACAAUCCGGUGUGUUCCUGUUUUGUGACCCAAAGUCCGCUAAAUCAUGACGAUGCUGGCGUCGAAAUCAACCGUUCUGGCAGCAUUGGCUUUGUGUGUCGGACUGGUUUGUGCUAUCCAAGUGCCAACGGUUGACCAGAUCAGCAUUGCUUCCAACGAUCGACAGGAUGCGGUUGCAUCGUACGGUCAAUCGCCGUUAGGUUAUGCCGGCAAGAGCGAACCACGGGUCUACCGUCCGGAUACGUCCUCGCUGGACUUCGUGUACCACAACCACGAAGAUAUGACGCGCUAUUUGCGAGCAACCACUGCUCGGUAUCCCAAUUUGACGGCUCUCUACUCGAUCGGCAAAUCGGUACAAGGCCGGGACCUGUGGGUGAUGGUUGUGUCGGCCUCACCCUACGAGCAUAUGCUCGGUAAGCCGGAUGUGAAGUAUAUCGGUAACAUCCACGGUAACGAAGCUGUUGGUCGGGAACUGCUGCUUCAUCUGAUUCAGUACCUGAUUACCAGCUAUAGCAGCGAUCCGUACAUCAAGUGGCUGCUGGACAAUACUAGGAUUCAUAUUUUGCCUUCGCUGAAUCCGGAUGGUUACGCCGCUUCCAAGGAGGGUACCUGCGACGGUGGCCAAGGACGGUACAAUUCGCGUGGUUUCGAUUUGAACCGCAAUUUCCCCGAUUACUUCAAGCAGAACAGCAAACGAUCGCAACCGGAGACCGAGGCCGUCAAGGAAUGGAUUUCCAAAAUACAAUUCAUCCUCAGCGGAUCGCUGCACGGAGGUGCCCUCGUGGCUAGCUAUCCCUACGAUAAUACACCGAAUGCCAAGAUCUGUCGAUCUUCAUCGACAUGUGCCGUGUUCAACAGUUACGUUCAGCAGCCUUCGCUGACGCCGGAUGACGACGUGUUCAAGCAUCUUUCGCUGACGUACGCCAACAACCAUGCCAAAAUGUCGCGCGGAGUUGCCUGCAAGUCGGCGUCGCCUUCGUUCGAGAACGGAAUUACGAACGGUGCGGCCUGGUAUCCGCUCACCGGUGGAAUGCAGGACUUCAACUACGUGUGGCACGGAUGCAUGGAGGUUACGCUGGAAGUUUCCUGCUGCAAGUUUCCACCGGCGUACGAGCUGCGCAAGUAUUGGGACGACAAUCAGCUGUCGCUGAUCAAGUUCCUAGCAGAAGCUCACCGUGGCGUUCAGGGCUUCGUGAUGGAUCCCAACGGCAGUCCGAUCGAGCGCGCGCAGCUGAAGGUUAAGGGUAGAGACGUUGGCUUCGUUACGACUAAAUACGGCGAAUUCUGGAGAGUCCUCAUGCCGGGUGUUUACAAACUGGAAAUCUUUGCCGACGGUUUCGUGCCUCGGGAUGUCGAUUUCAUGGUUGUCGAACAACAUCCGACGUUGCUGAACGUCACCAUGCAACCAUCUAAGCGCAACGAUGGCGCAUACUAUCGACCAAUACAGUCAUCCCAGUCGCAGUACCGUCCCCAGCUGGCCAUCCCGGCGGCGCAAAGUUCCGGCAGCAACGGAUCACCAGCCGACGAGGGCAUCCUUUCGACACUGAGCAACGGUUUCAACAGUUUGGUGAACAAUAUUUUCGGCUGAUUCGGAACAAGCAGCACCAUUGGCAGUUUUCCCCAUCAUCAACAUCAACA